CGCCUCUUGAGGGCGCUAUUUGGCAGCAAGAUUUCCGUUUUCCCCUCCGUGAGCGCAUGAAGUUGAACAGAUUUUCCCGAACACAUUUGCUAUAAAUUGCUGAUUGUCCAUCGAGCCUACAGACAUUUGACACAGACACCGUCACAGCAGUAGUCAACAAGAAAUGAAGGACUCAUUCAACCAUGGAGAAAGACUGACAAAAGUCCGACAGAAGAAGAUUCUUUGACUCUCAAUCAAAGUCAAACUGAACUCCAACAAGAAUGAAAUCCAGGUGGUUCUUCUCAAUGAGUAUUGAGAUUAACUUGGUCCUUCUUGGACUCACGUUGACUUCAUUCAUGAUGAGAAUGUGGCGACUGGAAGAACCAAGAGAAGUUGUAUUUGAUGAAUUCCACUUUGGCAAGUUCAUCAAUAUGUAUCUCAAGCAAGUGUUCUUCUUUGACAUCCAUCCACCACUUGGCAAGUUAUUGCUUGCAGGAGCUGGUUACAUGGCUGAUACCAAUGUCACAUUUCCCUUUGAGAGGAUCGGGGAUGAAUACCCAUGCGAUCUGCCGAUCUGGCAUCUGAGAUUGAUUCCAGCGUUAUGUGGGAGUCUACUAGUUCCUAUUGUCUAUUUGAUUAUCACUGAGAUUGGCUACACUGAUUGGACAGCAGUACAGGCUGCAGUGCUUGUAUUGUUCGAUAAUGCGUUAAUCACAGAAUCAAGGUUUAUUCUACUGGACACGAUGCUUUUGUUCUUCACAUUCACUGCAUUGAUACUGUUGUUCAGGCUCAGGAAGAUGAGACAAAGGUGUUUCAGUGCAUCAUGGUGGUUGUGCAUGUUGUUAUUGGGCAUAGCAAUAACUUGCGCAGUCAGUGUGAAGUACUCUGCCAUUUUGAUGGUGAGUCUUAUAUACCUUGUGGUGGCGUAUGAUUUCUGGCAACUCGUAGGAGAUCGCAGUCUUUCAGUUAUGACCCUAAUCCACCAUUUUAUGGCCAGAUUUAGCCUUCUCAUCGUUCUACCCGUCAUGGUCUACAUAAGUUUUUUCUACAUUCAUCUGAGCGUGCUCAGUAAGGCCGGUCCAAAUGACAGCCAGAUGACAAGUGCAUUCUCAGCAAGCUUAGAGGGAGGCUUGUCUUUAGUUACGAAGGGGCAACCCUUAUUUAUUGUGUAUGGAUCUCAGAUCACUCUACGUCAUACCCAUAAUCACAUGUGUUGGCUUCAUUCACAUCCUCACAACUAUCCCUUUAAGUACGAUGAUGGUAGAGGGAGCUCAGGUCAGCAACAGGUCACAUGCUACAGCUUCAAGGACGUUAACAACUGGUGGAUUGUGAAAGAUCCAAAGAGCUCUUACAUAGGAGUGACAGACACACCUAAACAAAUCAAACAUGGAGACAUCAUUCAGCUUGUUCAUGGCAGGACUACUCGGUUGCUUAAUAGUCAUGAUGUGGCUGCCCCAGUGUCUCCCAACUUCAUGGAAGUAUCAGGAUACAUUAAUUACAACAUCUCAAUUCCUGAACAAAGCCUCUGGAAAGUGAUUAUUAGUAAUAUAGACACUGAAGGAGAUACUUGGAAAGCUGUAUCAUCUCAUGUAAGAUUGAUUCAUGUGAAUACAUCUCAAGCCAUUAGAAUGACAAACAAGCUUCUUGGUGAAUGGGGAUUCUACCAACAUGAGGUAGCUACAGAUCGGAUCCUACAGCAAGAUGAUACUGUCUGGAAUGUAGAAGAGCAUCAAUAUGCAAAAGCUUCAGACAAUGGAGACAACUCACUUGUACAAUUCCAGCCCUCGGAAACACAGAAUGAAACAAGGAAACUGAACUUUUGGGGGAAAUUCUGGGAGUUACAGAUGAAGAUGUUGACCAAAAACUUUGAGAUAAAUCAUCAACAUCGCUACCAGUCGUCUCCCCAAGAAUGGCCCUUCACUCAGCGAGGCAUUGCAUUUUGGCUGAGUAAAAACUCAAAUAUGCAGAUAUAUUUCCUUGGUAAUCCAGUCACAUGGUGCGUUGCUACGGUUUCCAUCCUAGUCUUUAUUUCUAUUCUCAUCACCUUCAUCAUCAGAGACAGGAGAAAAUGUCAAGAUUUGACGCAAGAUGAAUGGGAGAGACUUGUAGUAACUUCAGUUGUGUUUCUUGGUGGUUGGAUCCUGAAUUAUCUACCCUACUUCCUAAUGGAUAGAACCCUCUUCUUACAUCAUUACUUACCUGCACUACUAUGUAAAGUGAUGCUUCUAGCUGCAACAACAGAAUGGAUCUAUUCCACAAUACUUCGGUCGUCUGCUCAGCAAAGUGUUUUUAUCGGUUUGAUUGCAAUCUUCUUAACGUGGGUUCUAGCAGCAUGGUUCAAUCUGGUGCCUUUUACUUAUGGCCACAUAGAGCUCACCUCACAGGAAAUGAUAUCAGCUCAAUGGAUGGACACCUGGACGUUUCUUACUCACAGAUGACAGCGUAGAGUUUGUUCUUAGAGAACUGUCUUGCGGAGAAGAUUAUCACAUUGUUGGGAGACUUCUCAGCCCUGAAAAGAACUGUCCUG